AUGAUCAUGAGCGAGGUCAAUGGAGGCGACGGAAACUGGAUGGGGUACUACCAGUACCACCCUUCUCCAUUGCCGGAGGCGACUAUGACGACCUCCCGGGCACCGGCACCGGCACCGGCGGCGGCGCCGCCACCAACUGGUAGCGGCGGCGGCGCCACCACCCAACCUUCCAUCGAGGGAAGGAUCGUAAAGACAGGGAGGAAGCGGUCGAGGGCGUCGAGGAAGACGCCCACCACACUCCUUAACACGGACACAACCAAUUUCCGUGCCAUGGUGCAGCAAUUCACCGGCGCCCCCACAGCGGGGAAUCAAGCGUUCUUGGAGACGACGGCUGCCGGUGUCUCCAGCGUGGGGCCGACGACGCUGAGCUUCGGGCCCGGCGGGGGGCCCCGGAUCUACAAUCAGCGGCCUCCCGCGUUCUCUUACGGGGUUCAGCUGCACCAGUACCAGCAGUUUAACCAGAAUCAAGAGAGUCAAUUCUUCUCCCCUGGAGGGGGACGAACCGGAGCUAUCGGAAAUGGCGAUGUCUUCAUUAACCCUCAGGAAGGGUACAUGUUGGAAGGCGAGGGUUCCUCCAGUGGUAUAACCAGGGACGUCUUCCCCUCAAGAUGA